AUGCAAUGCAGAUUGAAGGCAAUAUAUCAACUGGGUGACUCGGUUUCGGAUACCGGAAAUUUGGCUCGUUUAGCCCCUUCUAUGACCUGUAAUAAGCCCCCUUUUGGGCAAAGUUUCUUCAAAGCGACAGGCAGAUGCUCUAAUGGAAUGCUCAUAAUUGAUUACGUUGCUCAAGCAGCUGGUCUUCCCUUUCUUGAACCCUAUAUGAAGAAAGAAGCCACUCCCCGUAAUGGAGUGAAUUUUGCCACGGCUGGGGCUACUGCUUUGCCUUCGAAUGUUCGUGUACAUUCCUUGAGUGAACAACUAGUUUGGUUGUCCACAUAUUUCAAUGGAAGCAAUGCAGAUCGUUUUAAGAAGCUUGAGAGGGCUUUGUUCAUAGUGGGAGAAAUUGGACUAAAUGACUACAUUGCUUCCCUGAAUGUGAAAAGAAUUGAGGAUAUAAGGCAUAACAUGGUUCCAGAAAUAGUCCAAGCCACCAUGGAUGCUGUUAAAAUGGUCAUUGGUUAUGGUGCUAGGGCAGUGGUAGUCCCAGGACAAUCCCCAAUGGGGUGUUUGCCAAUGCUCCUUUCGCGUUUACGCACUAAUGAUACAGCAUCGUACGAUGAGUUUCAAUGCCUAAUGGGGUUGAAUAGUAUUUCAAAGUCUCACAAUCACCUUCUGAAACAAGCCAUUGAAGCCUUGAAAAAGGAGUACCCCAAUGUUUCCUUCAUAUACAGUGAUUAUUAUGAUGCUUUCACAUGGUUACUUCGUAAUGCACAUCAGCUAGGGUUUGAUGCUACGGACAAGUCAUGUUGCGGUGGUGAGGACAGAGCCUGUGGAGCUCCUAAUGCACCAGUUUGUGGUAAUCCGGAUAGGAGAAUUAGUUGGGAUGGUGUUCAUAUGACGCAAAAGGCUAACAAGUAUAUGGCACAAUGGGUCAUCCGAGACAUCUUCUCCAACCUUAAUUGCACUACAUUUGAUUUCAAAUUAUUUUUUAAGCAUAAAAGAUCAUAUAUUAGUGAUUUCAGGCCGUUGGAUAAAAGAUCAUAG